AUAUCGCGCGCCAAUGAUGUGAGCCGUGGCUGGAAAUCCAAUUUCAGGAUGCAAAAGUGCGCUAACCGUUGCGCCACCGCUCCACCCUGAAAAUCGGAAUGAUGAAGUUGAGCGGCUCUCAACACGUGCGGGGUGGGCAAGUGCAGGCUGGCAGCGUGGAUACCGCGCAGGGGAAACGCCAGCGCCACGUCGAUAAAAGACAACGCGUACCGAAUGGGCAACACGACGCUGAUUCUCUCCGUGUUGUAUACUGUAGGUUGUGUCAAGCUAGGACCCCAUGUCUCACACAGGGAGGGUCCUGGCCUAGAAUCAUUGGGCAGUUUCAUCAGCAUUGGUUCUAGCGAGCCCAACACAAACACAGAGAGACACACGAAAAUUGUGCCCUGCAACAUCGCAACGUCCAUCCUACAAAGUCCCAUCGCAAGCGAGAGACACAAACACAGAGAGACACACGAGAAAUGUGCCCGUAUGGACCCGAUAAUUCGAGGGUGUAUAAUAACUGGACAUCUGCGCAACAAAGAGCUUCACAGCUCAUCGGAUUUCAGGAAGGUAAAAAAAAACCUCCAACCUGGCACCGCGUCCCCCUCUAGGCCACGUGACCACGAGUCGUGGAUGCGGAAGCGGAAGCUGGGCCAGGAGCGCAGUGCCACAACAUCACAAUAGUUUACCACACUUCACAACAUCACAAUAGUUUACCACAGUUCACAUCAUCACAAUAGUUUACCACAGUUCACAACAUCACAAUAGUUUACCACAGUUCACAACAUCACAAUAGUUUACCACAGUUCACAACAUCACAAUAGUUUACCACAGUUCACGACAUCACAAUUGUUUACCACAGUUCACAACGUCACAAUUGUUUACCACAGUGCCACAACAUCACAAUUGUUUACCACAGUUCACAACGUCACAAUUGUUUACCACAGUUCACAACAUCACAAUAGUUUACCACAGUGCCACAACAUCACAAUAGUUUACCACAGUGCCACAACAUCACAAUAGUUUACCACAGUGCCACAACAUCACAAUAGUUUACCACAGUGCCACAACAUCACAAUUGUUUACCACAGUUGACAACAUCACAAUAGUUUACCACAGUUCACAACAUCACAGUUGUUUACCACAGUUCACAACAUCACAAUAGUUUACCACAAUUCACAACAUCACAAUAGUUUACCACAGUUCACAACAUCACAAUUGUUUACCACAAUUCACAACAUCACAAUUGUUUACCACAGUUCACAACAUCACAGUUGUUUACCACAGUUCACAACAUCACAAUAGUUUACCACAGUGCCACAACAUCACAAUUGUUUACCACAGUUCACAACAUCACAAUAGUUUACCACAGUUCACAACAUCACAAUUGUUUACCACAGUUCACAACAUCACAAUAGUUUACCACAGUUCACAACAUCACAAUAGUUUACCACAGUUCACAACAUCACAAUAGUUUACCACAAUUCACAACAUCACAAUUGUUUACCACAAUUCACAACAUCACAAUAGUUUACCACAGUUCACAACAUCACAAUAGUUUACCACAAUUCACAACAUCACAAUUGUUUACCACAAUUCACAACAUCACAAUAGUUUACCACAGUUCACAACAUCACAAUAGUUUACCACAAUUCACAACAUCACAAUAGUUUACCACAGUUCACAACAUCACAAUUGUUUACCACAGUUAACAACAUCACAAUAGUUUACCACAAUUCACAACAUCACAAUAGUUUACCACAGUUCGCAACAUCACAAUAGUUUACCACAGUUUGCAACAUCACAAUAGUUUACCACAGUUCACAACAUCACAAUAGUUUACCACAGUUCACAACAUCACAAUAGUUUACCACAGUUCACAGACGUCGUCGUCGCAGCGUGCUACGCCGCACGCAACAGUGGCGCCACGGGAUUACUACACCGGCACCUAUCCAGCAGUGGAGAGCGCCGUGCCGCACUCGGGUCACCUUCACAAUCUAGGUAGAAGCACACCAUGGACGACCUUGAGCAUAAAAAGGAAGAUGCGAUGAUGGCUUCAAAUCAAGAUACAGGAAAAGAGGAGUCUGAGCAGGAUGGGGAAAGUCUUCCUCCAGCAACAGACACCAUUGACCUGGGGCCAGAGGAGAAUGAUGAUGAGGACGUGGCUGAGAUGAGCGCUCUCCUCGGUGACACGAUGAUGGAGAGUGUUCUCAUCUCCGACUCCCCCAGUAACAGUGAGGAUGACGGCACAGCCGAGAGUGCCACUUUGCAGACUAGCGACAAACUAGAAAACGGCGCAGAGACGGAGCUUCGAGUGGGCUUCCAACCGGACCCCAAAAGGGACACGGUGGUCGAGCUGGCAUGCGUCGCCUCCGAGAUGCACGCGGCAACAGGGACGUCGCCACCACGCACCCCGAUCGACUCUAUCGAGGGCACGAACAACGACGUCGAAAUCGGAGAAGCGGACAUUGCGCAAUCGUCGCAAAGCGCCGCUACAGUGGCAGCGCUGGACCAGUUGAGCCCCGAGGAGGAGGACUCUCUGCCUGUGUGCACCAUAUUCAGCAAGGCGCCGGCAACCAAGGUGCACGCACGAGAGCAGCAAGCCGUGAAGGAGGACGGUUUCCAGAGCCAGAUGGUUAAGUCGGCCAGCUUCACGGCCUGUGUCGAGCCGAGCAAUCCUAAAGCAGCUGGUGCAGAUGUCAUUCAUCCGAGUCCGAGUCUCAGCAAAUUCUUUGCAGAGGAACCCUCUACUACCGGGGCAGAGUUUUUCGAUUCCUUUACGUCUGCGUCGGUCAUCACUUCGAACAACCCGAACGUUGAUUCUCAGGCACCACCUUCGGGCUUGACGUCCCUCUCUUUGUCUCCGUCUGAGAGCCAGAAGCCGUUUGCUGAAAGCGAAGUUUCAAGUCACACAUCAACCGAAGCACCCCCUUCACAAGCAGCAGGUGGCUUGGAGUCUCCUCAGCCGUUCUCGGUGUUCGCUGCAGGAGAGGACGCGUUUGUGUCGGCCCUGAGCGUGAGCGAGUCGGACCGGAGGCACGACGCAUGGCUUCCCUCGGAGGAGACGCGCCGCACACUGAUUGCAGUGGCCACCCAACAGUACGGGAACAUGUUUGUUGAACGAGAGCGCCUCACCAUGCCGGGACUCAAAGCAGACGCGCCACAGGAGGACCCUGUGAAAGACCUGCUCCACAAGUGCGUGGGGGAGCAGGAGGCAGCCAAGAGGAAAGUGCUCACGGUGGACUCUGUGGAGCCGUCUUUGGCUGGACUCAAGCAGCUGAUUAAUUCGUGGAACUGGCGUGCGGCGGUGGAGCUCACGGGCAGGCUGCUCACCGCCCAUGGGCAGGGCCACGGCAAGUGUGGCCAGCCGAGCAGCCAUACCACCGACUCCAUCCAGCUCUGGUUCGUGCGUCUCGCCCUCCUGGUGAAACUGCGGCUCUUCGGCGGCUGUGACGCGGAGCUUGAGCCGUUCGGCAACUUGGACCACCCUGACCUGUACUACGAGUACUACCCCCAUGUGUACCCAGCACGCAGAGGGUCCAUGGUACCGUUCUCCUUGAGGAUCCUUCAUGCCGAGCUGCCUCAGUAUCUCGGUCGGCCCCAGGAAACCCUGGAUCGUCUGCAUCAGGUUGGAGUCAUUUGUGCAAAGAUUCUAAGCAACCUAGAGAAUGGACUCGCAGAGGACGGGAGCAUGAUCAACCUCUCCACAGAAAAUCGGCAAGCCUCCGUGCAGCUGUGGCGGUCGCGCGUGGCUCGCGUGCACUACUCCACCGCUAACUGCCUGCUGCUCAUGAAGGAUUACUGCUUGGCUGUGAACACGUAUGAAGCCAUCAUCCCCAUCCAGCCAGAGCAGGAGCUUCAGCUCCUCAAUAACAUUGGAAAGAUCCUGCUGCAGGUGGGAGAUCUCGCGGCGGCACAAAAGUACUUUCAGAGAGUGGAGUCCAUUUGCGAGAAUAAGGAAGGCGUGCAGCAUAAGACCAUGGUGCUUAUGAACAGAGCAUUCGCACUCCUGGCAGAAAAUAAUUUCCCAGAUGCUUACCGCUGCUUCCAGGAGGUCUCCAAGUUGGAUCCCACGAAUGCGGUGGCCAACAACAACGCGGCCGUAUGCCUGCUCUACAUGGGGAAGCUGAAGGAGUCGCUGCGACAGCUGGAGGAGCUCAUUCAGAAGGAGCCUCAGCGCUACCUCCACGAGAGCGUGCUCUUCAACCUGUCCACCAUGUACGAGCUCGAAUCGUCACGCAGCACGGCCAAGAAGCAAGGCCUGCUCGCGACUGUGGCCCCACACAGCGGGGACAGCUUUGGUGUGCAGUGCCUCAAAAUGCUGUGAUGAUUUUGUGCAAGUCUGCUUCUGCAGACAUUUGUCGAUCCACUGCUAGUCGAGGGCCUCGCCACGUCGUGCGGGUCAUGGGGGUUAUUAGACCGCGCUUCACCGUGCCAGAGAGCGUGCGAGUUUGUACUCGUCGGGGAGCACCCGUGGGAGCAUAGAAGUGCAGUACAAUGGAUUUUCCUGUCCAUUAUUCCACUAGUCGCUACAGACCCGCAGCCUUAUGACAGCCCCUUUGUGUGUGGUGGUCGCCCAUCCCAGCCCUAUCGAGACUCAAGCAUCAUGUGAAAUGUGUAUAGUAAUUUUCACGGUCUGUUACGUUGGAAAUUGAAUAACAAAAAAAACUGCACGCCACUAAUUUAUACCAAGUCACUGCUAAUGUCGGAAUAAAAUACUUAGACCCAUA